GUGGCCAGCUCCGGGCGCGGCGCUUGUUUUGGUUUCCCUCUAUCUUGCCCCUGGCAGCUUCAGGGUGAGCGGCUUUCCUGUGCCGGUUGCUACACCUGCCUGCACUCGACUUUCUCUUCUUGGGGCUCUCUCAGCCCCAAGUUCUGCAAGCCCCUCGGGGCCGGUUCCUGCCAUGCCGUUAGUUCGCUACAGGAAGGUGGUCAUCCUCGGAUACCGCUCCGUAGGGAAGACAUCUUUAGCACAUCAAUUUGUGGAGGGCGAGUUCCUGGAAGGCUAUGAUCCUACUGUGGAGAAUACUUACAGCAAGAUAGUGACUCUUGGCAAAGAUGAGUUUCACCUACACCUGGUGGACACAGCAGGGCAGGAUGAGUACAGCAUUCUGCCCUAUUCAUUCAUCAUUGGGGUCCAUGGUUAUGUGCUUGUGUAUUCUGUCACCUCUCUGCAUAGUUUCCAAGUCAUUGAGAGUCUGUACCAAAAGCUACAUGAAGGCCACGGGAAAACCCGGCUGCCAGUGGUGCUGGUGGGGAACAAGGCAGAUCUCUCUCCAGACAGGUAUGGAAAUCUCUGUAGCUUAAGGCGAAGGAAAGUGAGCUGGACUAGGAAUGCGCCAGGGUCUUGUCGUGGCUCUGCCACUGAUUCGAACCAGUCAUUUUACCUCUUCAUUUCUAACUUGAAGGGGAGGUCCAGGCUGUUGAGGGGAAGAAGCUGGCAGAGUCCUGGGGUGCGACAUUUAUGGAGUCAUCUGCUCGAGAUAAGCAGCUGACUCAAGGCAUCUUCACCAAAGUCAUCCAGGAGAUUGCUCGGGUAGAGAAUUCAUAUGGGCAAGAGCGCCGCUGCCAUCUCAUGUGAGCCCUUGAGCAUGGGGUAGCUGCCUUGAUUCUGCCCCUGGCACUUGCCAGGCUCCAGUGGGGGCUUGGGGGGGGCAGGCCCUCAGGACUUCACGGGUUUGUUCGGUUGCCAGCUGUGUCCCUUGCCCUCUGGGCACACAGUGUGGUACCCUCAUGUUUGCACACUUACCUGGGCUCCAGUGGCCUGGUUGUCGAUGUUUACAAAGAGGCAAGGAUGUCUCAUGGGCACUGUCCUCUAGCUCUGUUUUUGCUAAAUAAAUGAAUUGUUAUAACCUAUGGAGUUGGGAUAUGAGUCCUGGGCAUUGUUUAUUCAGGACCCAGUCUCCUAUGUAGGUUUUGGGUGUCGGCUGGGUGAGGGGAGCUGGGGACUCCUGAAGUGGAGCCGGCUUCCUGGAGUGACAAUGUAU